AAGGAGCUGGCGGAGCAGCAGCAGCCGCCGCUGCCGCCGCCGCCGCGGCUCUUCGGGGAAACCCGGCGCGGGGCGCGGGAGGGAGCGGCCGGGGCGGCGGGCCGGGCCAAUCGGGCGGCGGGCCCGGCGCGCGGAGCCAGCGACAUGGAGGGGGGCGCGGCGCCCGGCCGCCCGUGACGCGCCGCCGCCCGGCCCGCUCUCGGCGAGCCCGAGCCGCCGCCGGCCCCGCGGCGGAGAUGAGCAGGUCCGCGACGCUGCUGCUGUGCCUCCUGGGCUGCCACGUCUGGAAGGCGGUGACCAAGACGCUGCGGGAGCCCGGCGCCGGAGCCCAAGAGGUGACGUUAAAGGUACACAUCAGCGACGCCAGCACCCACCAGCCCGUAGCAGACGCGCUCAUCGAGAUCUUCACCAACCAGGCCUCCAUCGCCUCUGGCACCUCGGGGACCGAUGGCGUUGCCUUUAUCAAGUUCCAAUAUAAGCUGGGCAGUCAGUUGAUCGUCACCGCCUCGAAGCAUGCCUACGUGCCAAACUCUGCCCCGUGGAAGCCAAUCCGGUUACCUGUAUUUUCCUCUCUGAGCCUUGGCCUGCUUCCAGAACGCUCGGCCACUCUAAUGGUAUAUGAAGACAUCGUCCAAAUAGUAUCAGGAUUCCAAGGUGCCCGGCCACAGCCUCGCGUUCAUUUCCAGAGAAGGGCUCUGAGGUUGCCUGAGAACACCAGCUACAGUGACCUGACCGCGUUUCUCACGGCCGCCAGCUCCCCUUCGGAGGUGGACAGUUUUCCUUAUUUGCGAGGAUUAGACGGAAAUGGAACAGGAAACAGCACCAGGCAUGACCUGACCCCAGUCACAGCCGUCAGCGUCCACUUGCUGAGCAGUAAUGGAACGCCGGUGCUGGUGGAUGGUCCCAUCUAUGUCACUGUGCCCCUGGCCACGCAGAGCAGCCUGAGGCACAAUGCCUAUGUCACAGCGUGGCGGUUUGACCAGAAGCUGGGAACGUGGCUGAAGAGCGGUCUGGGUCUUGUGCACCAGGAAGGCAGCCAGCUGACGUGGACAUACAUUGCUCCCCAGUUGGGGUACUGGGUGGCCGCCAUGUCCCCUCCCAUCCCAGGUCCCGUUGUAACACAGGACAUUACCACGUAUCACACGGUGUUUCUUUUGGCCAUUUUAGGAGGAAUGGCUUUCAUACUUUUGGUUUUGCUGUGUCUCCUUUUAUAUUAUUGCAGGAGGAAGUGCUUGAAACCUCGUCAGCACCACAGAAAACUGCAGCUCCCUGCAGGACUGGAGAGUUCCAAAAGAGACCAGUCCACGUCCAUGUCACACAUUAACUUGCUGUUUUCACGCCGAGCGUCAGAAUUCCCUGGCCCACUGUCCGUCACCAGCCACAGCCGCCCCGAGGCCCCUGGCACGAAGGAGGUGAUGAGUGGAGUCCAUUUGGAAAUGAUGUCUCCGGGCGGCGAAGGGGACCUGCACACCCCCAUGCUCAAGCUCUCCUACAGCACCUCCCAGGAAUUUAGCUCCCGGGAGGAGCUCCUCUCUUGCAAGGAAGAGGAUAAAAGCCAGAUCUCCUUUGAUAACCUCACUCCAAGUGGGACGCUGGGGAAAGACUACCGUAAGUCAGUGGAGGUUUUUCCCUUAAAGGCAAGAAAAUCUAUGGAAAGAGAAGGCUACGAGUCCUCGGGCAAUGAUGACUACAGGGGUAGUUACAACACCGUGCUCUCACAGCCUUUGUUUGAAAAGCAGGACAGAGAAGGUCCAGCCUCCACGGGAAGCAAACUCACCAUUCAGGAACAUCUGUACCCCGCGCCUUUAUCACCUGAGAAAGAACAGCUGCUGGACCGCAGACCCACUGAAUGUAUGAUGUCUCGAUCAGUAGAUCACCUCGAGAGACCUACAUCCUUCCCACGGCCCGGCCAGUUAAUCUGCUGCAGUUCUGUCGACCAGGUCAAUGACAGCGUUUACAGGAAAGUACUGCCUGCCUUGGUCAUCCCGGCUCAUUAUAUGAAACUCCCCGGGGACCACUCCUAUGUCAGCCAGCCCCUCGUCGUCCCGGCUGAUCAGCAGCUUGAGAUAGAAAGACUACAGGCUGAGCUGUCCAAUCCCCAUGCCGGGAUCUUCCCACACCCGUCCUCACAGAUCCAGCCCCAGCCCCUGUCUUCCCAGGCCAUCUCUCAGCAGCACCUGCAGGAUGCGGGCACCCGGGAGUGGAGCCCUCAGAACGCAUCCAUGUCGGAGUCUCUCUCCAUCCCAGCUUCCCUGAACGACGCGGCUUUGGCUCAGAUGAACAGUGAGGUGCAGCUCCUGACUGAAAAGGCCCUGAUGGAGCUUGGGGGUGGGAAGCCGCUUCCGCACCCCCGGGCGUGGUUCGUCUCCUUGGAUGGCAGGUCCAACGCUCACGUUAGACAUUCAUACAUUGAUCUCCAAAGAGCUGGAAGGAACGGAAGUAAUGAUGCCAGUUUGGACUCUGGCGUAGAUAUGAAUGAACCAAAAUCAGCCCGGAAGGGAAGGGGAGAUGCUUUGUCUCUGCAGCAGAACUACCCGCCCGUCCAAGAGCACCAGCAGAAAGAGCCUCGAGCCCCAGACAGCACGGCCUACACGCAGCUCGUGUACCUGGAUGACGUGGAACAGAGUGGCAGCGAGUGUGGGACCACGGUCUGUACCCCCGAGGACAGUGCCCUGCGAUGCUUGUUGGAGGGGUCGAGUCGGAGAAGUGGUGGCCAGCUGCCCAGCCUGCAGGAGGAGACGACCAGACGGACUGCGGAUGCCCCCUCGGAGCCAGCAGCCAGCCCCCACCAGAGAAGAUCUGCCCACGAGGAAGAGGAAGACGAUGAUGAUGAUGACCAAGGAGAAGACAAGAAAAGCCCCUGGCAGAAACGGGAGGAGAGGCCCCUGAUGGCGUUUAACAUUAAAUGAGCUAUCGCAGACCCACCUGACUGUGGAAUAUAAAAUUGCCAAAUAUCCUUUCUCAUGGAAGCGCGUACCCGUUCGUGGAGGAAACGGAACGGCAGCCCAGCCGUGGGACGGACGUGGACGUUUACUGCAUUCCUGUUUGCCGUGUAAAUGUUAGAAAGGAAUUACAGUUAUUACUCGGAAUAAAGGAUGACUUUGGCGGAUGUCGCCCCUGCAAGGAGGUGGCUGAAAGUGGUGUCCAGAUGUCCUUCCGAGGACUUGGCGUAUCCGCCACCAGGGACAUUAAGAAACCGCACGUGAUGUCGCUAUGCUCUAACCAUCACCUCAGUUCUCCCUCGGAUUCUGGGAACAGAUGAAACUUUUUGCAUCGCUUGAGUCAUUUUUAUCACAAUAAUCCUACUGUGAAGCUGUCGUUGAGAACUUAGGUUGGCACGUAGCGUCUCAAGGUAUGCGUUCUCUCAAAGGAAAGCUAUGCAUCGCUGCUUCGUUGUCUGAUUUUGCUUAGAUUUUGCUUUGGUUAGGUUGUGUUUUGGGAUUUGCCUUUUUUUGUUGUCGCUUAAAUGCAAUUUGGUUGUAAAGAUUUGAUUCCUUUGUGUUCAUCUGUUCUGCUUCUCAGCGGUCCAUCUCAGUGUCUCCCUUCAGGAACCGCUGAGUGUCCUCUCUUAACAUCCAAGCCUUUUAAUGAAAUCGUACUGAAAUCUGUAUCAGCUAAGAGUCCUCCAAUCCUGGUCCCAUUAACUCCAAGUGCCUUUUUUACAGUGACAACAGACAGUCCCUCGCUUUUUGUUGUUGUUGGUUUUCUUAACCCCUUUAAUGGAACUGCCUGGAUUUUAUACAGUUAUUAAAGGAUGUCUCUUUUGCUUUAAACUGCAUGCUGCCAAGUGCCAUUUGGGGUCAGCAUCCUCAUUUCAACACAGUGUGCUCUCUAGUUAUCAUGUGUAACGUGGGUUCUGUUUAGCGAAGAUAGACUAGAGGACACGUUAGAGAUGCCCUUCCCUGCUCCAUCCCUGUGGCACCAUUAUGGUUUUUUGGCUGUUUGUAUAUACGGUUACGUAUUAACUCUGGAAUCCUAUGGGCUCAUCUUGCUCACCCAACGUGGGAGUCUGGUUUGAGCAAGUGAGCUGAAUGUGACUAUUAAAAAAAACUUAAAAAAAAAAAAAAGAAAAUCUUAUGUACUAUCCAAAAGUGCCAGAAUGACUCUUCUGUGCAUUCUUCUUAAAGAGCUGCUUGGUUAUCCAAAAAUGAAAAUUCAAAAUAAACUCUGAAGAAAAGGAAAA